UUCGUGUUUGGAAAAUAUUAAGCAAAAUACUUUUUAACACUUGAAUUGUUGAGAAUGUUUGUCCAGUAGCAAAAUGUUCAAUUGUAAAAUUUUCAAUUUACUCUUAAUUGGGUUCGCCAUAUAUCAGUUUGUAGAAGGUGGAUGCGCAAGAGGCGAUCGAGAAGAUAACUUGCCGUCAAUAAGGCAUUCAAUGUCAAGUGUAUCAACAGCCGAAUCAGCUAUCCAUGGUGUUGGAUCGUCUGUGGCUGGCAGAAUCGUUGAGUGGUCUGAAGAUGAUGAUUCAGCACCAGCUGAACCAGCUCCGCUUUCACCAAAUUUGGGCGGUGGUGUUCAAGAGAAAAUCAAUUUAUUUGAAACCAAAUCAAAAGCACAAAAACUUCCGCAAAAACAAAAUUCCAAAAAGCGAUCCAAGUAAAAUAAAUUGAACAAACAAAGACGAAUUCCGGAGAAAAUAUCAACAAUUCUUCACUGAAAUCGGAUCUUAUUUCCUUCGUGAGAUAUUUUUUUUUACCAGAAUUGAUAAUACAUGAACCAUUUGUAAUUUCAAUAAAAGAGUAUUUCUUGGUUACGAUACAA